AUUACAGUUUAUAUCUUUUGAGGGAAAACAGUCAACUCCGUUUCUUAAAGUUAUGGAUCUGACAAACGAAUGGAAUGGUAUUACUGAAGAAAUAAGACUGCUCAAAAUCAGUCCGAGAAGCAUACCUGCUUUAGCAAAUCUUCCAAAAAAUUCGAAAUUUAAAUUUCGUAAAAUAUCAAUUUACAGCUUUUUAAUAGUUAUCUUAGCCUUUUUAAUUUUCCAUGGGUCUUCAUAUGUAAAAGAUGUCAUAGAAUUAAAUGAAACUUGUUUCAUCCAAGUUCCAGAAUCGAUUUCUCUUGCAUUUAGACCUGCAAUGGACUGCAAUCUCUGUAAAAAUGUUCGAAAAGUACACAGAGUCUCAAAAAUCAGCGUAGAAAAGUUUGAGAAAUAUUAUGCUUAUUCUCAACAGCCUGUUAUAAUUACUGAUGCUAUGAAAAACUGGUCAGCCUCAGCAGCAUUUAAUUUUGAAUAUUUUAAAAAAUUAUUUGGAAAUGAAGAAGUUCAUUCUGGCGACAUGUGCCAAUUCUUUCCUUACAAAACUCAUUUUAAAUCUCUUGGCGAAGCAAUGAAUAUGAGCUCCAGCUAUAUGAAAAAUACAAAGUGGUAUAUCGGAUGGAGCAACUGUGAUCCAUUCGCAACUACCGAACUCAGAAAUCACUAUAGUAAGCCCUACUUUCUGCCAAGAUUUUCAGAAUCAAGCCGUACUGAUUGGAUUUUUAUGGGCAGUCCAGGAUAUGGCGCGUCGAUGCAUAUUGAUCGCGUUGGGAAGCCAUCAUGGCAAGCUCAAGUUAAAGGACAGAAACUAUGGACAUUGGAACCGGCCCCAGAAUGCUACUUAUCUUGUAAAAAUAGAAUCCAAGUCACAGUAAAUCCAGGCGAAAUCAUUGUUUUGGACACAAACUAUUGGUUUCAUUCUACAAGGAUAAUAGGGAGCAGUAAUAGCAUCACUAUUGGAUCUGAGUAUGAUUGAGACUUGACAGUUUCGAAAUUGCAAUUUCAUUUUCUAAUGGAAAAUUACUACCGUAAAAUUACUUCGACGUUCAUUUUUUUCUUUAAUAAUAUACUUAGUUUUUAUGUGUCAAUGUCGCCUUUCUUCUUGCAACAUAAAAGUAGAACAAUCGCAAAACAAUUGCCAAAUGUAUUAAUCAUCGAAAAAUUACAAUUAUUAAAAAUAUUUUUCUAUAAAAUUAAAUAGCGUUAUAUAUAACAAUAUGUCAAGUCAAUAUCAUAAUUUGCAUAAAUAUGUAAAAAGCGUUGAAGUAGUUACAGACAUAUUUAUAGUAAAACGCACUUCUUUUUCUUAGGCGGUUCAGGAGGCUCCAAAGCAGCCAGAAUUGCUUCAUCAAAAACAUUUUUCAAACCUUUUUGUGUAAGUGCUGAACAUUCCACAUAUUUAACAGCUUUUAACUCUUUUGCCAUUUUUUCUGCUUGAUCAAAUGAUAUCGGCCGUUGUCUAUUUUUCGUUAAUCUUUCAAUCAUUGCUUGAUCAUCCCGUAAAUCGAUUUGUGUACCGACUAAUAAGAAUGGUGUCUUUUGACAAUGAUGAGUAAUUUCUGGAACCCACUGCAAUAAAUCAAUUUAUUAGAUAUCUUGGUUAACAGAUUAAAAUAACGAACUUUCUCUUUGACAUUUUCAAAGGACGAAGGUGCUAUUACGGAGAAACAAACGAGAAAUACGUCGGUUUGUGGAUAAGACAGAGGUCUUAAACGAUCAUAAUCCUCCUGUCCUGCUGUAUCAAAAAGACCUAAAGUGUAGGGUUCACCACCAAUCAUAACCGUCACAGCAUAAUUAUCAAAUACAGUUGGAACAUACUCCGCAGGAAAUUUAUUUGUCGUAUAAGAAAUCAGCAGGCAUGUUUUACCAACUGCACCAUCUCCGACCACAACACACUUGAUCGUUUGCAUUGCCUUAAAAAAUGGGUGUGGAUUAGUCAUCAAUUUCAUUUACAAAAUUUAUAUAGUUUCACAUUUAUCUAUACAUCACUUAUAGUACUACCGUUGAGUGACUGAAGUUCUCAAAAUAAGGAAAGGAUUAGCUCAAAAAGAUUUAUCGCAAAAUCUAUUAUUGGCUAGCUACUGACCUGAGAAUUCGCCGCCAUUGCUGGUCUAAACUACAACCGUUUUCCGAACAAGCAAAAAAAAAAAGAGUACAAAUCAAGCAUCCAAAUUAAAUAUAUCGAAAACAAUUUCAUUAAAUUCGAUCUAGAAUUCAGAUUCGUGGAGAAAAGCAUGGGAAUUUCUGAAAAAUCGUGGAACUUACCGAGCAAAAUUUUCUUAAC